UCCCGCGACUCUUUCUAUCAGAAUGGCUGAAGUGGUACAUGCUCCGUCCACCUUGGGCCCAGACGGUACCGGACCGAGCCCGCCCCCGCAAUACGACUUCCUGGCUCCCGGGCCAUCGGCGGACCGACCCCCGCCAAUGGCUGAAGUGGUACUUACUCCGCCCACCUUGGGCCCAGACGGUACCGGGCCGAGCCCGCCCCCGCAAUACGGCUUCCUCGCUGCCGGGCCAUCGGCGGACCACCCCCCGCCGUACAUGCCCCCUCCCUACCCAACAUCGGCUGAACCGUACCCUCCUCCCCACGAUGGGGAUGCCGAUGCAGUCAGUGAGCAGUGGCCACCGGUGGACAGUUCAGGGGUGGACACCGCGCCAACCGACGACACUGCUAGCGGCCUGUUCCUUCCCUCGUUCGAGGAUAAAACCAUCCGCAGGGCUUUCAUCAGGAAGGUGUUCAGUGUGGUGACACUGCAGCUGCUUGUCACCUUCAGUGUGGUGUGCGUGUUCACCUUCUCGGAGACGGUGAAGGAGACAGUGCAGAAGAACCUCUGGGUGUACCUCAGCUCCUACAUUCUCUUCGUCAUCGUGGCCGUUAGCCUCAGCAUCUGUAGCUCCUUCAGCCGGCAACACCCCUGGAACCUGGUGGGGCUGAGUGUUGUCACUCUCACGAUGUCAUACAUGGUGGGCACUGUAGCCUCCUACCACAACACCACGGCUGUGAUCAUCGCCAUGGGGAUCACCAUUGGCGUGUCCUUCGCUAUCAUCAUCUUCUCAGCCCAGACUCGUGUGGAUUUCACUCUGUGCAACGGCACUCUGCUCAUACUGUCUGUGAUCCUGCUGAUGUCUGGAUUCUUCUGCUUCUUCUUCUACUCCAAUGUUGUGCAAGUCGUCUACGGAAGUCUGGGAGCAAUCCUCUACUCAGUGUUCCUGGCAGUGGACUGCCAGUUGGUGAUGGGGAGGAAGAAGUACAGUCUGGAUCCAGAGGAGUACGUGUUCGCCUCCCUCAUCCUGUACCUGGACAUCAUCACCAUCUUCCUCUACCUCCUCAUCCUACUGGGAGGAAGCUCCAGCAACUAAUAACACACACACUCACGCACAAGCAGGCACACACCCACACAUACCCACCCACACACGCAGGCACACACACAUACCCACACACACACACACAUACCCACCCACGCACACACACACCCACACAACAUUUACAACUUUAACAUGUGAACUACAUGGAUAAAGAUCCGUACUGGUUUAUCCAAUGUCAUUUUGGAUGGCAACGCAUUCUUCUUUCUGCUCAAAUUGCAAUGAUGAACUGUGCUUAAAAAACUACUUUUGUUCAGUAGCAUUCUCCUCGUCCAACUGUAAAAGACAUAGUGAUUUAUGCAGUAAACCUUUCUGUCUCUUUAAAUAACCUCAUUGUCCAACUGUAAAAGAUACAGUAAUUUAUGCAGUGGAUUAGACUUUUCUGUCUCUGUAUGAUUAAACUCACUGUCUGUCUGAA